UCCACUCUGCCCUGAACACUCUUGCAGGGGUAGAAAGACUGGAAACUUCUCUCAGGUCCGUGGCCUAAGCAGCCCAUGGAAUCUCAUAACCUGAGCUCUUCCUCUCCCCUCCUUUCUCUCCCUCCCUCUACUCUUCCUGCCUCCCUCCCUCCUUCCCUCUCCUCCUCUCCCUCUGCCUUCACCACAGACUGGGGGUCACCUGGAGAGGCCUCGGCUCCCUGCCACCCAGCCUCCUCCCCCAUAGUAUCUGCCUUCCUGGCACCAGCCCUGGGUGUGGAGUUUGUCCUGGGCCUUCUGGGGAACAGCUUGGCACUCUUCAUCUUCUGCUUCCACACGCGGCCCUGGACGUCCAACACAGUGUUCCUGGUCAGCCUGGUCAUUGCCGACUUUCUCCUGAUCAUCAACCUGCCCCUUCGUGUGGACUACUACUUCCUGCGCGAGAUCUGGCGCUUCGGGGCCACUGUCUGCAAAGUCAACCUCUUCAUGCUGUCCACCAACCGCUCAGCCAGCGUGGUCUUCCUCACGGCCAUCGCACUCAACCGCUACCUGAAGGUGGUGCGGCCCCACCACAUGCUGAGCCGGGCUUCUGUGUGGGCAGCCGCCAGAGUGGCCGGGGGACUGUGGGCGGGCAUCCUGCUCCUCAACGGACACCUGCUCCUGACUGCCUAUACUAACCACUCCUGCCUCAGUUACCAGCUGGGCAAGAACACCUCGGCCUCACUCCGCUGGCACCAGGCACUGUUCGUAUUGGAAUUCUUCCUGCCGCUGACACUCAUCCUCUUUGCCAUCGUGAGCAUCGGGCUCACCAUCCGGCGCCGCAACCUGGGUGGGCAGACAGGCCCGCGGAGGGCCGUGCGCAUGCUGGCCGUGGUGGUGGCUGUCUACAUCAUCUGCUUCCUGCCCAGUGUCAUCCUUGGCAUGGCUUCCAUGGUGGCUUUUCGCCUGCAUGCCUGCCACAUCCUCAACAUCUGCUCCCAGCUCUUCCACGGCUCCCUGGCCUUCACCUACCUCAACAGUGUCCUGGACCCUGUGCUCUACUGCUUCUCAAGCCCCAACUUCCUCCGGCAGGGCCGGGCCCUGCUGGGCCUCAGCCAGAGCUGGCAGGGCUCAGCCAGUGAUGAAAGUUCCUACCAGCCUUCUGCUAGGUACCGGGAGGCCUCUAGGAAGGCAAAGGCUACAGAGAAGCUGCAGGCGGAGGUCUCACUGGAGUCAUAAGGCCCCUCUCAGGACAGGGGGUUUACAGUGCCAUGGAAGUAAGGACGGCCAGGAUCCGACCUGGAGGGAUGAGGUCACUCCCCGGACUAUUGCCAGCUCAGGGCGCCUCACCCAACUGGACAUCUGCAGGAACCAGUUGGGUGACAGGAAAGAAAAGGGUUUUGACCUUACAGAGCAGUGUAUCCUGGAUGAUGUCCCCAGAGCACAGGAAAAGAGCACUAUGGCAGGUGGAGACAGGCAGAGCCUGUGUCAGCUCCACCCCAAAGGGCUACAUAGCUGCCCAGUCCACGGGCCAGAGUGUGAUGACUGUGAGAGCACAGGUCUUGCUUUAGAGAUUGGGCCUCUGCAUUUUCUCUUAUCUCAUUUGUCCCUUUCAAUGCUAAUAAACUUCUUUUUGAAA